GACAGCAUCGUGGCCAAGAUCAGUGGAUAUCCACUCGUCAUCCAGACGUUCAUGACAUUCUACGAGAACAACGAGGUGCCGCUGUCCGAGGUCGAUCGGCUGUUCUCCAAGGUCCUCGAGGAGCAGGAUGGCGAUGACGACACGCGAUCGUCGCUCAAGGUGAUUGUGGAUCUGUCGCUGGACUCGCUGAUGAAGCGAGGAGAUGAGGGCAUCGAGGCAGCCAGGCUGUUCGGUGCACUCAGUCUGGUGGCGCCGACCAACAUCCAACUCGAGUUGAUCAAGGAGAUUGCAGAGCAGUUGGAGCUCAAGACCGAAGUGACCGAUCUGAUCAAGAUGAUGGUCCAGAGCGGUCUCCUCCGAAGUCGAACCGAGGGAAAGUACUCGACACACUCGCUCACCCAGCAAGUGGCUCGAGAGUAUGUUCAAGCGCAUGAGAAACUGGAUGUCGAAGCAAUCGAAGAUGCAACGGGCGAGGUGUUGAUUAAGUUGACAAACUCGAUGGAUCUUAAGGCACAGUCAUUUGCGGAGCACCUCGAACAAUACGCCGAGAAGACCGUUCCAGAGGUUUACACCAAGCAACUGCAUUCCUCGAUCGAGUUCCAGGUUGCCACAUUGAACUUUCAUAAGCCACUCUACAACAAAGCAAUGGAUACAUACAAGAGGCUCUUGGAACGAAUUACGGUGCUUUUUGGCACCCUCGACCAUCCUCUCUUUGCCAUUAUUCUCAAUAAUAUGGGUGAAGUGGCAAGAUCGCAAGGGCACUUGGACGAUGCACGCGCCUUCUUCCAAAAGUCACUCGAUAUCUAUGUCAAGGUCCAUGGCACCCGCGAGCAUUCUAAUAUUGCCGGGACCCUCAACAACAUGGGUUUAUUGGCAAGAUCCCAAGGACGCCUGGACCAUGCACUCGCUUUCUUGCAAGAGUCCCUUGAUAUCAAAGUCAAGGUCUAUGGCACCCGCGAACAUCCCGAUGUUGCCACGACCCUCAACAAUAUGGGUAUGGUGGCAAGUGACCAAGGACGUCUCGACGAUGCACUUGCUUUCUACCAAGAAUCUCUUGAUAUCAAAGUCAACGCCUAUGACACCCGCGAACAUCCCGAUGUUGCCUUGACCCUUGACAAUAUGGGUGGAGUGGUAAAAUCCCAAGGACGUCUGGACGAAGCACUCACCUACUGCCAAGAAUCCCUCGAUAUUAUGAUCAAAGUCUAUGGCACCCGCGAUCAUCCCGAUAUUGCCCAGACCCUCAACAACAUGGGUUUAUUGGCAUGUGACCAAGAACGUCUGGACGAUGCACUCGCUUUCUUGCAAGAGUCCCUUGAUAUCAAAGUCAAGGUCUAUGGUACUCGCGAAAAUCCCGAUGUUGCCUCGACCCUGAACAAUAUGGGCAAUAUGGCAUGGAACCAAGGUCUCCUGGAUGAUGCACUUGCUUUCUACCAAGAAGCUCUUGAUAUCAAAGUCAAGGUCUAUGGCACCCGCGAGCAUCCCUCGGUUGCCACGACCCUGAACAAUAUGGGAAUGGUGGUAAAUGACCAAGGACGUCUCGACGAUGCAUUUUCUUUCUUCCAAGAGUCCCUUGAUAUUAUGAUCAAAGUCUAUGGCACCCGCAACCAUCCCGAAGUUGCUGGAACCCUUAAAAACUUGGGUAUGACGGCAAAAUCCCAAGGACGUCUAGACGAAGCACGUGCCUUCUUCCAAGAAUCUCUUGAUAUUAUGAUCAAAGUCUAUGGCACCCGCGAGCAUCCCGAUGUUGCCCAGACCCUCUACAACAUCGCUUUCUUGGCAUGUGACCAAGAACGUCUGGACGAUGCACUUGCUUUCUUCCAAGAAUCUCUUGAUAUCAAAGUCAAGGUCUAUGGCACCCGCGAUCAUCCCGAUGUUGCCCAGACCCUCAACAAUAUGGGUACGACGGCAUCCAAACUAGGACGUCUGGAUGAAGCACUUGUCUCCUUCCAAGCCGCAUUGGAGAUUUGCACCAAGAACAUCCAGGACCCUGAGAACCCCUAUAUCAAAAUGAUCAUGAACAACAUUCAUAUCAUCGAAAGGCAGCAAGGCGAGCAAACCGCGGUAGCCAGAUAA